AUGACGGAAGCAGCGAUACGGCAACAGUUGGCUGAAAUUGAGGAACAAAAAAGACAAUUGGAACAGCAGCGAUCACAAAUUGCACGUGAGCAUCAACGAAUGGUAGAGGAAAGUGCGACUAUUACUAAUACAAGGGCGCAAUUACGUGAAGCUACAGUGUAUUUGUCGGAAUUGAGGCAAAAUAUGGCGUCCACGACCAUGGGUCAAAUUGGUCAGUUGAAAGAAUUUGACAUGAAAGAAGACUUCGAGCUAUGGAUCGAACGUUUUGAACAAUUUGUUAUAAUUAAUAAUGUAAUAGAAGUGAAGCAAAAGUCGCUAUUUUUAACAUUAAUCGGUACACAGGCUUAUUCAUUAUUACGAAAUUUGUGCGCGCCGGUUUUACCGUCCGGAAAGACAUUAAGCGAAUUGCGUACAGUGUUGAAAGGACACCUACAGCCAGCACAAAGUGUAAUAACAGUUCGUUACAAAUUCAAAGAGUGCCGUCAAGAGGACAAUCAGAGUAUUAAACAAUACUUAGCGAAUUUAAAGCAAAUUUCAAUCUUGUGCGAGUUUGGAGACAAUCUUGAGUCCAGUUUGCGUGACCAGUUUGUAUGGGGACUAAAAAGUGCUGCCAUUAAAAAACGAUUGUUAGGUGAAGCUGGCCUAACAUAUCAGCGGGCAGUUGAGUUGGCAACAGCGCUCGAAUCGGCGGCAAUAGAUGUUGUCCAGAUAGGUGGUUCGACAUCGGAUAAAGGUCAGCCUUUUCACAACAUCAGGACGUACCCGAAAUCAAAAACAUGGAACCAAGGACGCAACGGUUCGGAUUUGUCAACAACUUGUUCGUGCUGUGGGAGACGGAAUCACCAGACAAAGGACUGUAGAUACAAAAGGUUUCGUUGUAACAUAUGUAAUAGACAGGGUCAUUUAGCCACAAUGUGUCACAAUAAGAGUAGCAAUCGUAAUCAGAACUGUAAUGUGAGCAAAGGGAGAGCUUGUAAGAAUAACGAUGAUGAUGAUCAAGGAAAAAUUGUAGAGAGUAACGUAGCUAAAACUGCGCCAAUUUUAAUAAAAUUAAAGGUUGAAAAUGUUAUGUUGAAUUUUGAAGUUGAUACGGGCUCUGCAAUUUCAGCUAUUUCAGAGAAAAUUUAUACAGAGGCCGAAAUUUUGAAACGGUUGAAUUUGUUACCGACAAAACGUUACUUUAAGUCAUAUCAGGGAGAUAUAAUGGUUCCAUUGGGCUUGUUAAUAGUUAAUGUAGAAUAUAACAAUAUUAGUUUUAAGAAUUUUGAAAUGUUUGUGUUUAAGGGCAACAGUACACCAAUCGUAGGUAGAGAAUGGGUGCGGAAUCUGGGUUUGUUUAAAUUGAAUUUUGGGGAACAAUCUGACCACGGAAUCAAUUACUGUCAAGAUACUAAAUUUGCAAUUGACGAGGUGAUGCAUGAAUACAGCGAUGUAUUUACCGAUAAGCUAGGGAGAUAUACAAAAAAGAAAUUUAAACUUGAAUUGAAAGAAAACGUGACUCCGGUAUUUUGCAAACCGAGACCGAUACCAUAUGCUUUAUUACCUAGAGUUGACAAAGAGAUUGAUAGAUUGGUUAAAGAUGAAAUUUUAUUUCCAGUGGAUGACAGUGAUUGGGGAACACCUAUUGUUCCGAUUGUUAAGAAAGAUAGCGGCGAUAUUCGCUUGUGUGGUGAUUUUAAAAUAACACUGAACCCAAAUUUAAAAAAAAACAAACACCCGAUUCCGCGUGUUCAGGAUUUACUUGUUAGAAUUAAAGAAGGACAAUUUUUCUCAAAAAUUGAUCUAUCAAGAGCGUACCAACAGGUUGAGUUGGACGAUGAGUCAAAAAAAUUAGUUGUGAUAUCAACCCAUAGAGGGUUAUUUGCGUAUAACAGAUUAUGUUUUGGAGUUUCUCCAGCUCCUGGGUUAUUUCAAGAGGAAAUGGGAAAGAUUUUGAAAGGAAUUGAAGGUGUUGUAUGUUUUUACGACGACAUUUUGAUUGCGGGUCAAACACGUGACACUCAUGAUGAACGAUUACAAGAGGUAUUAAAUAGACUUAGAGACUGCGGAUUAACAGCACAAAAAAAGAAAUGUGAAUUAUUUAAAACUGAAGUACAAUUUUUAGGAUAUGUAAUUAAUAAGGAAGGUAUUCACAUUUCUGAACGACGAAUUAAAGCAAUUUUAGAAAUUCCUGUUCCAUCAAAUCAGAAACAAUUAAGAGCUUUCUUGGGUGUGAUUAAUUUUUAUGCUAAAUUCAUCAAAAACUAUUCUGAAAUAGUUAGUCCUUUAUAUGAACUAUUACAAAAAAACGUUCAAUGGUCAUGGACUAAAACUCGUAAUGAUGCAUUUAGCAAAGCAAAAAAAUGUUUAAUUUCACAUAACGUCUUAGUUCAUUUUGAUACAAAUUUAAAAGUUAAAUUAACGUGUGAUGCUUCACCAACUGGAAUUGGGGCGGUGUUAGCGCAUGUGUUUGAUAACGAUGAAAUCAAACCCAUAGCUUUUGCUUCGCGAAUGUUAACUAAAGCUGAAAGGAAUUACUCACAGAUUGACCGAGAGGCUUUGGCAAUAGUUUUUGCAGUUAAAACAUUUCAUCAGUUUCUUUAUGGAAUUGAUAAUAUAAGUGCAGAUUUUCUAUCUCGAAUGAAUUCGCAAAUUAAAGAGGAAGGGAAUGAAGAUAGUGAAGAGUUUACAUAUCUUAAUUAUAUUUUAGAUGAUAUACCAACAAUUGAUGACCAAAUCGUGAGUGAAGAAAGUGAAAGAGAUGCAGUUUUGAGUAAAGUUAUUAGUUUCGUUAAGUUUGGUUGGCCAAAAGAAACUAGUAGUGAAUUUAAAUCUUUUGAGAAUCGUAGAAGGGAAUUGACGAUUGAGAAUAAGUGUUUAAUGUGGGGACACAGGGUUGUUAUUCCUUGUACCCUACGUAGUCGAAUGUUGAAUGAGUUACACGAAAUUGAUAUGGGAAUUGUGCGCAUAAAGUCACUGGCAAGGUCGUAUAUUUGGUGGCCUGGCAUCGAUAGAGAUAUUGAAGAGAUUUCCAAGUCGUGUGUUCUGUGUUUGGAGAAUGCCGAUUAUCCUCCUAGAGCUAGAUUACAUCCGUGGAGUUGGCCAGACGCUCCAAACCAACGACUUCACGGGGACUUCCUUGGUCCAAUAGAUUCUCAAAUGUAUAUAGUAAUUUUAGACGCUUUCUCAAAAUGGUUAGAUGUUAGACCCAUGAGUGAUAUUACUUCUAAGCAAACAAUAUUGGUGUUAAAAGAUUAUUUUACGACGUGGGGUUUACCUGUUAAAUUAGUUACAGAUAAUGGUCCUGCUUUUACUUCAAAAGAAUUUAUGGAAUUUCUUGUGAAAUAUGGAGUUAUGCAUAUACGCACAGCACCAUAUCAUCCAGCAUCCAAUGGUGCAGCAGAAAAUUCUGUCAAAACCUUCAAAAAGAAAUUUAAGAUAUUAGUUAAAUCAGGGCUAGAUAAACAGGAAGCCUUGUUUAAGUUUUUGUUCUAUUAUCGUGCUACUCAACAUUCAACGACGGGUUAUAGUCCUGCGGAAUUACAAACAGGUCGAGCUUUUCGUACGCGUCUAGAUUUACUUAGACCAACACUUCGGAAUAAAGUCCAAGUAAGUCAAGAAGCUCAACAGCGUAAUUUUUGCGGAAUUCGCUGUGUGCAAUUUGAAGUUAAUGAGAAGGUUAUGGUGAAGGACUAUAGUUCUAGUUCAUGGAUACUAGCUACUGUAACUAGUAAACUUUCUCCGGUCACAUACCAAGUCAUAGCUUCAAAUGGUAUAGUUUGGAAACGUCAUGUAGACCAAAUAAAAAAAUGUACUCAAGAAAUUAGACCAGUUGUACAAAACGUUGAGAUUAAAGAACAUCAACCUGGUAGGCUAGGCAAUGAUAACACGGUAAUGCCAUCUGUAACUAGAGAUAAGAAUGUAAUAGUAGAUAAGGUAAUUCAAGAAGUAGAGAUAGAGACUGAAAAUCACCCAAAACUUGUAAAUAAUUCUAACGAAAGCUGUGUUAUUAAUGAUAAAUUUAGUUGUAAGGAAAUACCAAAUGUAUUAGAGAAUAAGUUGAUAAAUGCGACAAAAUGUGAGAGAGCAAUUAUGUCUAAAAAAAGAAAUCCAAUUAUGCAUAAAAAUGUAAUGACGAUACCGACGUUGCGUCGCUCAAGUCGUACUACGAAACCACCUCAACGCUUAGACUUAUAA